AUGUGCGGCGUGCAGCUGGCGCGCGGGCCGCUGCUGCACGGCGCACUGCGCGACGCGCUGCGCGAGCACGCCAUGCUCUCCGUGCGCCCCACGCAGCGCGGCAUUAAGGAGAUCGACGAGAGCCACGCCUGCUACAGACAAGAAAUCAUCGAAAUGGGUGACCUUUACGUAUGUAUAUUCGCGGUUGAAUUUUGUGAACUAUGUUGCAUUGGAGACCUUGGAGCACGAGAUCUAUGUCGUAGUGGCGGACCUUGUGACGUCGACGCAACAGCGUCUUGGUUUUCAGUAACAGCAAACCGUAAUCGACUUCGACUCCUGUAUGUUACGCGCCAUGAAUUUCUUCGUGUUGGUGCAGAAUAUCGGUGCCGUCGCUGGGAUAAUCUAUCACGUGAAAGCCGCCGACGACGCGUGAUGUGGGUAAUUACUGAUUCGUCUAUCGGCUAA